GUGACCUCGAACCCAGGCGACGCGCAGCUUGUUCCAUUCCUGGCUGCAGGAAGCGCCAUGGCCUGUGCUGCUGUCUGGCUUCCCGGGCUGCGGCGCGGCUGUGUGGGCGCCCUCCGUGCUCCGGCUGCUGCGUCGAGGGUGGCGGCCAGUGCCUCGCGCCACCUCGCUCGGACCAGCAUGAUGAAGUCCAGAAGGAAAACAGAUCACCUGGAGCGGACUGCGAGUGUCAUUCGCCGGGAGGUGGUGUCAGCGGCCAGGGUGUGUGGAGUGGCCAGGGAGUCGCCGACAGUGAGGAGCCUCCGCCUGCAGGUAGCCGACCAGGAUUUCUCCUUCAAAGCUGGCCAGUGGGUUGAUUUUUUUGUCCCAGGAGUCUCUGUGGUUGGUGGGUUUUCAAUAUGCUCCAGUCCCAGACUGCUAGAACAAGAGAGAAUGAUAGAAUUGGCAGUGAAGUACACAAACCACCCUCCCGCCCUCUGGAUUCACAAUGAGUGCGCGGUUGGCUCUGAAGUGGCUGUGCGAGUAGGUGGCGAGUUCUUCUUUGACCCCCAGCCUGCAGACGCAUCCAGAAACCUCGUGUUGAUCGCGGGCGGUGUCGGGAUCAACCCCCUGCUCUCCAUCCUGCGGCACACAGCCGAUCUGCACCGGGCCGGCGAGGGCUGCGGGUAUGAGAUGGGAACCGUCAAGCUGUUCUACAGUGCCAAGACCACCAGCGAGCUCCUGUUCAAGAAAAAUAUCCUCGAUUUGGUAAAUGAGUUUCCUGGGAAGAUCGCAUGCCGUUUGCAUGUUACAAAACAGACAACACAAGUCAGUGCGGAGCUCCAGCCGUAUGUCACGGAAGGAAGAAUCACGGAGGAGGAGAUACGAGCACAUUCUUCCCACGAGACGCUGUUCUAUAUCUGUGGCCCACCUCCGAUGACAGAAUUUUUCUCCAAGCAGCUGGAAAGCAGCCAUGUCCCCAGGGAGCACAUCUGCUUUGAGAAGUGGUGGUAGGAGGUGGGUCCGGGCGGGAAGAGGGAGCGAGUCCACAGGACAGUAGGAGGUGCCUGCCGCGGGGCAAGAUGACCUCUUCGCCCGAGUUGUCGUCUUUAGGGCCGUGAACUCAGGGACUGCUGGAGAGUGAAGGAAAGCGGCCAGCCGACUCAGCGAUCCGCUCGUUGCAGAGCCCUCACUGGUCAAGCGACUUUUACUGUGUUGACUUUCUUUGAUUCAUAACUCUAAUUAUCUAUGAUGUGCCAUGAAUUGGUCAAUGCAGAUUUUUUUGCCUGUAGGCAACAAAAGAUACAGACUUACAUGUAAUCAUAAGAAAACAGGGUUUUGUGUGUGAUGUGUGGGCUGGCUUGAAAUUGUUUGACAGCUGCCCAGUAUCUUAUGUUCAAUAAACUUAGAGUUUAAAUGCA